UCUGACAGUUUGUGGAGAGAAAAUGAUAGAAAAAAUUCCCCAUGGGAAGAAAGUGCAGUGAAAAAGCAUGAAUUUUAUCCAAUACCUCACACCAAUUCUGGCACUGACCCUUCUGAUUGAAGAUGCCUUCGCUGGGGAAUAUCGUCAGUUCAACUUCACGUCAAACUGUCGCGGAGGCGGAAGCGAUGUGAUUCAUCAGAAGAUCCUGUUCCUGGAGCAGGGCAAGGCGGCUCUGGUGAAUGAGUCGUGGAACACCAAGUUCCUGCCGCUCCUGGACAUACAGUGCAUGGUGAUGAUCAACACGACGACGAGGUAUUCGGGCCUGUUCGCCGUGAUUCAGAGGCUCAACUUCCGCACCAAGUCGAGUGGGAAGAGCGAGUGCAGGGACUACAUUCAGGUGCGCUACGGCGGCAGCGACAAGACGAGCAAGAUCUGCGAGGAGAUCGGCACGGAGGAGACGCCCGCGAUCUCGUUCAACAGCCCCACGGGCGAGAUGAGUGUUCAGCUGCACAUCGGCGGCAGGAGGCCAGAUGACCUGGAGGAAUUCAUUGAAAUCUCAAUGGUUCUCACCAAUUACCGAGAUUGCGAUGACUCGUUCGCCUUCUCGUGCUUCCGCAACAACAAGGGAUGCAUCCCGAUGGAGUACUACAGGGACUCCGUGGUAAACUGCAACGCCCCGUUGUGCGCCGACGAGGUGUCCUGCCUGGUGGGACAGCAGAGUGUUAUGCGGAAGACGCUGAACUCGUCCAACAUCGCCCUGAGUGCCAUCACCAGUUUCAUCUUCACGGCAGUGGCCGUGGGCGGCUGUCUGUGGUGCUGCUGGAAGUACAGAUUCUGCCUGGAGGAGUGCUUCGCGGGUCCGCCGGCCAGCACGGCCGCCACGGCGGAUCAGCAGACCAACACUGUCGCAUCACAGGAGGCGCCCAUCGAGCUGCACUUGCCGCAAGUGGCCAGUUCGACGCAGCCACAGUCCAGGGCGGAAGACAAGGAUUUGCCGCCCAGCUACGAUACGCUCUUCCCGGACAAAUAGUGCCACACACAUAUACAUCAGCAACUGUUGAAUCUCACGAGACCAAUCCAUCCAUUUAGGAAUCUCCUGGCCUCUUGGCCGGUCGUCAGUCAAGCGGAAGACGCGGUGUACUUAUGCAAAUUGUAAAUUUUUAACGAUUUUUCACUAAGAGAUAAGAAUAUUUUUCUAUAUGUAUUAAUAA